GGUGUUAAUUGAGUUGAUGUUGAUGACAUGCAAAGGCGAAUCGUUCGCGCCUGCCGUUCGCAUUUACAACUGAGCAACAACAACAACGACAGCAGCAAAGGCAAAGAAGGCGCACAAAGGCAACAAUAAUAACAACAACUACAGCUAUACAGUUACAACUAGAAACGCGAGCAACAGCGCCAAACGAAGUUAGCAGGCGACAGACCAAACGAGCAAGCGAGUGACGGAGAGAGAAAGAGAGAGAGGGAGAGAGCACGGGAAUCAAGGAGUUGCAUGUGUGUGUGUGUGCAAUAUGGAAGACCUUUUUCUGCUAAUUAUCAAGGAGUCAACGGGCACCAAGCACAACGCGUUGCGACAAACGGCGCAAAUUGCUUACGAUAAACUUUAUCGACAGCAUGGCAUACACAGGGAUCCGUCGCACGAGCUGCGCUCCGUUUGCUUUACGGCCCUGCAAAUGGCCUUGGACACGAAGCGGCCCAAGUUCAUCACGAUGGGCCUUAAUGGCCUGCAUCGCGUCAUCAAGGACGAACGCUUCUACAUUGGCCUGGAGCCGGAGGAUGAUUCCGUUUGGCUGCCAUCGCAGCUGUUGCGCGCCACAAACGGCAUUCUGCCGUCGACGAGCAGCGAGGAUACCGUGGUGAAUGUGCUGCGCCUGUUCCUGGCCAUGGCUUGCUCGCCCGCAUGCACACUGAACGGGCGGCUGCUCAUCGAGAUACUCUCGCGCUGCGGCGAAUGCUGGGAGCUGGGCUCGAGGGCCAUCAAGGCAGCCUCGUUGGCCGCCGCCUCGCAGUGUCUGCGCACCUUUUGCGCCUUUCUCAUCGAGGAGGCCGAGGAGGUGAAGAAGACGGCGCCAGCUGGCUUGAUGACACAGACCCAGGCGUCGGCCGUUUAUAAUGAGGUUAUACCCGUGAUGCAGUGGCUCUGCAGCCGCCUGGUCGAGCCCAAUGUCAACAAUGCAUCGCCAAACAAGAAGUGCGAAAAUCCCAGCUCGCUCUACCUAACCGAGUGCAUCUUGACGCUCAGCUCGGCGCUGCCACGCAAUGUGCACGCCAAUCCGCACUUCACCUCGUUCCUCUGGCAAAAGUUCUGCCCGACUUUGGCCGCCGCACUCGGCUCGCCUGGUCGCAUCAAUUUGGACAAAAAGUUUACCUACAAGGAUGCUCUGCACAUGAUUGAGAACGAGGCGCGCGGCUUUUUCACAGGACCUGGCUUGGAUGGGCCGCAGGCGCGCUGCGUCUACUUGACGGCCAUCCAGCUGCUGCGGAUUGCCGGCGCACACGGAUCGCUGCGUCCGAUGCUGGAGGCGCUGUUCCAUCGCAUGGUGCUGCUGCCGGCGCCGCUGAAUCGCACCGAGCCGCUGCGCUGUGUGCGCGAGAUCUUCAAGAGUCCGGAGCGUCUCAUCGAUCUGGCGGUCAUACUCUAUGUGGACAAGAAUACGGCGCAGGGCUGCAGCGAUGAGAUGGCGCUCUUCCGACUCCUGGUCGAUGCCAUGGAAGAGUGCGCCUAUGGCGCCAGCGCGGGCAGCGCCACGGAGGCCAGCCUGCAGGCGAGCGUCGAGUGCAUGGUGGCGCUGCUGGACAGCCUGCAGGUGCUCUGCAGCGGCGAGCUGACCGAGUCGAUGAUCAGUGACCAGAUUGUCCAGGUGGUGAAUGCGCGGCACGAGCUGCUCAAGGAUGCCGACUACUCGGGUCCGUUGACAUAUCAGAGCAUGGCACGGCUGCCGGCACCGUAUCGGGAUGCCAUUGUUGAGUUUCGUCAGAAUGUUUUCGAGACAUCGUCCGGUUCGGAGAGCGAAUGUGAGCCGCCGCACGAGCAGGAUGCCGCCUCGAAUGGCUCCGGCGAUACGGAGGGGCCGGAGGACGAUGAGCACAGCAGCUCCAGCGAUGAGACAUCGCGCGUAGAGAAUCGCUGGCCCUAUUCGCACCUGGAGGCGCCCGUCAUGCCAAUACGCACGGACAGCGACAACGAUCGGCAGCAUGCACGCGAUUUCGCCAAGGCGUUGCGUCAGGAUCUGGUGCCAAAGCUGUUGCGUUUGCGCAGCUGCGUUGAACUGGACGAGGCCAUGCAGGAGUUCGCAUCGGCUGUGUGCCAGGAGAACAGCAUGAAUUUCUCCGAUUUCGAUUACAAUCUGACGGCCAUCAAUGCGGAUGGCAUUUACUUGGCCAUCUACUCCUCGCUGCUGCUCAGCCUGCAGCUAAUGCGAGCCGGCUACUAUGAGCAGCAAUCGGUUAAGGAGAGUAUAUUGGUGCCCAUGUCGGAGCAGCAGUUCGUUACAUCCGUACAGAAUACGGGCGUACUUGUCUAUCUAUCCUCGCCCUGGCUGUGCGAGCUCUAUCAAUCGGUAAUCAUUUGCAAUGUCCUGGAGGCCAUGACCAGACAGCAGCUGGAGGGGAAUGGACCUCGUUGCGCCUUGGUCGAUAUGCUCUGCGAUGCCGGCGGCUUGGCCAGCACCCAAAUGCUAUCCGAAUGGCAGCGACUGCAGACGGCGACAGUGAAGCACAGCGAUGACGAACAGCACGAUAAACGACGCGAGGCGGCCAAAAAGCUGUGCCGCCGCCUGCUCACCUGCUGCUGGGAGUCCAUGGUCAUAGUGCUUAGCUCGGGUCUGGGCGAUCUGCAGAGCACCGCCUCCAACAAGCUGAUGGCCCUCUCCAAGCGCACGCUGCGCGUCAAGGCCAAAGCCAACAAGUCCAAUGGCGAGGCCCUUUACGCCAUGUGCCUGGAUGGACUGCAUUCGGCGGCCACUUUGAGCAACAGCCUCAAUCUGCAGCAUUUGGCUGGCAAAAUACUCAAUCUGUUGGCCUCCAAUGUGUGCCAGACGAGCGGACCGCGCAUCUCGGCCAGCCAGGCCAUGUCCAUGGAUGUGGUGCUCACCGGCGGCCUCAAUUUGGGCAGCUACAGCGCCGACUGCUGGCAGAGCAUCUUUGCCGUCUGUCGCCAUGUCAGCCAGCUGGAGCAUGAGAUUUUCAGUAUGCAGAAUCCGUCUAUAGCCGCCUCCCCGGGCAGCACACGUCGCGAUCUGGAGACGGGCGAGAAGCUUAACAAUGGCAAUGCUCAGGAUAAGCUCAAUCUAUCCUCGAUUCCCAUCGACGAUGAUGAAACGUGCGUGGAUGUGUAUAGCUUUUUGCAGGCGCCGCUGCAGAGCCCCAAUACGAAUAUCACGUCCAUACUGAAGGUUUACUCCGGCACCAAUGAGACGGUGCUGCUUAGCCAGAGCGAUACAUCGAAGGUGCUCUGCGCGCUGUCCCACCAGGCCGAGAAUCUGUUUAGCGAUGCAGCCGAGCGGCUGAGUCUGCCCUCGCUGUGUCAAUUCCUGAAGCAUCUGUGCCGCGCCUCACGCGAUCAGCUCUACAAGAGUCAGGUGGCACGCAAGGGCGGCGGCACACGCAUCUGGUGGCCGAGCAAGGGCUGGAAGAAGCUCGACUCUCUGCCCAUGUCCCUGCUAUUGCAUCGCAUCGGCGAUGUAACGCUCAAGGUGUUCCGCAGCUCGCGGCCCCUGCUGCACGUGCUCAAGGUGUGGGCCAUCACAGGACCGCAUCUGAUGGACGCUGCCUGUCAUCGGGAUCGGAUGAUCUCGAAGCGUGCCAUUGAGUACAUACACGAUAUAAUAACGGCCCUGCUCGUGGAGCAAUCGGAGCUGCCGUAUUUCCACUUCAACGAGGCGCUGCUAAAGCCCUUCGAGAAUCUGCUGAGCAUGGACACCUGCGAUGUGGAUGUACAGGAUCAGAUUGUCGCCUGUCUGUAUGAGAUUGUUGAGGCGCAUCGCACCGAAAUACGCUCCGGCUGGCGGCCCCUGUUCGGAACGUUGCGCAACGCACGCAGCCGCAUGCUCAACAUGAGCAACAUCAUCGACAUCUUUCGUGUCUUUCUCGACUCCGAUAAUACGCUGGUGUUUGCCAAUGCCGGUCUCGAUUGCAUAUUGUGUUUGCUCUCCUAUUUGGAGAUCGGUGGUGGGGGCAGCGGCGGUGGCAGCGGCGGAUCCAAUAAUAACGCAUGCGGCGAGGAUAAUGAAAAUACAUUUAGGCCAACCGAUUUUCUGCAUGAAACGCUGCGUUUUCUGGAGCGCUGCUCCAGCAUAUUGGGCUUUAUGUACAGCAUGCCCAAAUGCCCGAAUUUCCAUUCGACAUACAAGAUCAAGGGCAUCUCGUAUACGCAUAUCAUAGACGCCAAUAUACCCAGCUCCAUGGAGAAUUUCACCUACUUUGGCAACGACUAUUUGCAAACAAAGAACGAACAGUAUAUGAUCUCAUACAGAUCGCUGCACAUCGACAAGGACACGAUUGUGAAGAUCGAUGAAAUGGAUAAGCCGUCGGGUGUGCUAAAGGUGUGGUUCCUGCUGCUGGACGGUCUGACCAAUUCGUUAAUUGUCUGCCCCUACUCACAUCAGGCGCCCAUCUUGCAGACCAUAUUCAAGCUCUUCAAGAAUCUGCUAGCCAGUCCGGGCAUCGAUUUCGGCUUCUAUUGCAUCAAUCAUCUGCUGAUACCGAUGAUACAGGAUUGGUUGCGUUAUAUCAACAAGACGGCGAUCAGCUGGCAGCUGGUCGAGAAGAAUUUCAAGCAUUGCUGCUGCAUGACCACAGAUCUGGUUGUGGAGUUUAUUGAGAAAUCGGUGCCGGAACAGCGACGCCUCGGCGCCAGCUGUAAGACGCGCCUCGCUCAGAUCGUUCAUCCCGCCGACAAUCUGAUCUAUUCGAAGCUCAAAUUUGUGACGGAACAGCUGCCCGUUGCAACGGAAACGCAGACCGCCGGCAUCGCCGGCACCGCCGUCACCGCCGGCACACAGUACGACAGCAGCUCGAGCUCGGCCAGCGAUGAGCACAACAAUCGAACGAAUAGCACAAAUCCGGCCACAAAUCUGAAUGUCAAUCACAAUCUGAUUGAGUCGCCCACCAAGAUCUCCGGCUCGGCAACGUUGGCGCUAAAGCAGCUGUUGCUCGUCCUGAUCGAGUGCGCCGCCCAGUCGCAGGAGGCAAUUGCACGCAUAUCGGUGUCCUGUCUGAAGCACGUCAUCCUCUCCACGGGCAUGCUGUUCAACGAGUCACAGUGGAUGAUCGCCUGCUCGGCCAUACAUCGCGCCUGCACGGUCACAAUUGCGCCGUUGCGCCAGCUCUCGUUCGCCUUCCACGAGAAGUCGAACAGCUUUUAUGGCGAUUGCGCCAAUGUCAAGGUGGCCGCACGCCGCGACAGCACUUUGGAGGAGCUGGCACGCAUCUAUGCCCUCGCCCAGCAGGUCUUCCUCUCCGACAAUCAGCGCGAGCCCAACCAGAGCCAGGGCGCCGGACAAACAGCGACGCCCAACACGGCGGCCGGUGCUCAGUGCAAGAGUUCGGCAGGCGGUUCGGCGCAGCUGUCCGACGAUCGCAGCUAUUCGUUCCUGCUGUAUCCGCUGAACAAUGGCUUCAAUUCCAAUUUGGAUAACUUUGUCAUACGCAUACCCUUUAAGAAUCUCGUGGUGGGUCUGCUGGCCAACCAAAUGCUGCUGCAGCUGGUGGCCAAGCUGCUUCUGUCGCGUCUCAAGUGCGUGCCGCAGGCCGUCUCCACGUGCAUAUUUGAUAACUAUGCCGGCUCGGCAUCGACGCCCAGUCACGACUACGAUUUGGACUUUCGCUCCAAGGAGAUCCUGUUGCGCUGUGUCAAACAGUAUCUGAUGUCCGCACUGGAGUUCGAUUCGCGUCCGGGCCUCAAGUUCCUCAUGCAGAAGGUCUCGAAUAUUGAGUAUGCGGCCAAUUUGUACAAACAAAUGACCUCCUCCUGGAUGAUAUACUACAUAGCGCUGGUCGACUCGCAUCUCAAUGAUAUUGUCGUCUACAAUUUGGGCGCCGAGGAUUUGAAUUUCAUAUUGGAGUCGUGUUCACGUCUAAACACGACCACCGUCAAGAAGAAGGAGAAUUUUGUGCGCUAUUUGUUCUGCCUGCAGGACGCCUGGAAUCUGGUCUGCGAACUCUAUCUGAGCAACUCGGCGCUGCACGAUAUCGAGAAUGGAAAGCUGCGCAGCCAGCAAAAGCAGCCCAUGCAUCUGGCCGCCAAAACCAUGUGCAUUGCCAUCAAUGGCAACGGCGAUGCGGCCAGCAGCAGCGCCAAUCACACGGACUCGGGCACGGAUGCCUGCAAUGGCAGCACAAAUUCCACGUCGCCAACCAAAUGCGUCCAGCUGGAGGAGGAGAAUGUGACGAUGACAACGUUGAUCAGCGAAUUCCAGCCCAAGUGCCGCAGCAAUCCGUUCGACACGAAUCGCCAGGCGGCCAAAACGGAGGCGGAGUCCAUUUCACCCGAGAUCGAGCAACAGCGCGCGACGAGCAUACUGAAGGAUUCCAAUUAUAAGCGGGCAGCGCUCGCCCAGCUCGUGGUCGCCUCCAUGGAACUGUUGCGCUCGCUGCCCAACGAGGCUGAGGAAAAUCUCAAGCUGCUGAUGACGCCCACAAUACGGGAGGCAUUCCGGCUCGUCCAGCUGCAGGGCAACGAGCUGAAGGUUAACCAGUUUUAGGCAAUGCUUGUUGAGUUUUAUUUUGAUUUGUAGGCGCAGCUAAUCGGCCCUACACAUUACCUGGCUCACUCACUCACUCUCAACCUUUCAACUCUCUCCCCUCCCCUCCCCCUUCACUCUCUCUCUCUCUCUCUCGCACUCUCUGUCACUCGCUCGAUCUGCAUGUGUAUCCUUCGUAAGCUUUUAUGCUAUGAUGGGAAUGACUCAGGUACACACUAAUCCACAUCCUGACUUUCUGAUAUUACACAAGUCCACUGUUCAACGGAAACCAUAAUUUUUAACAAGGUCUAACCUAACCUCUAUUUUACCCAGCUCGAUGUAUAUUUGAUUUAACUUUAUCUAGGUUCAGCCUCAUACCAAAUUAAUUUCAAUCAAACCUAAACUCUGUUGAGAGUAAACAGUCAAAACUUGGCCAUUUUUCAAGUUUAGCCUUAUUAGAAUUCCAUAAUUUAACCAAAACUCAAUUUAACCCAAGUUCAACUUAACCUCAAUUUAAGUGAACAUCAAUUCAGUCUAUAGUUAAGUUAACGUAAUCCAAUUCCAACCUAAGCUCAGUUGAAAAGUACACGAUUUAUCUUCAAAUAAUUCAGCUUAAUUUAAGUUUAAAUAAUCCUAACUUCAACUUAACCUCAACUUCAAUUGAAAGUUGCUUCACUGCGAUCAGCUGUGUGGCUUUGCAUUACGGUUAAUUAAGGCUACGUUUUACGACGCACGCUCUCUCUCUCUCUCUCUCUCCUUCUCUCUCUCUCUCUCACACACGCACGCACGCACACAGACAACCAACCCCGCCCCUUACACAGCAGGCAAACCAUUUCAAAGUAAAAGCUCAACAUGUCGGCACAAAAAAAAAAGCAAACUGAACGAAAGUACAACUCGAAUGCUGCAACAGAACAGGAAGAAGACGUAAUUCAAGAAGAAGAGUUAACAAUUUGUAAAAUGUAGUAAGAAGCAGCAGCAGCAGCAGCAGCAGCAGCAGCAGCGUAGACAACGUAGUCUUGUACAUUGUAACUAUUUAGCAGAAAACAAAAGAGAACCCUUUUAACCACAACUUCAACAGCCCCACAGCACCUUCUCCCAUUAAUUCCAUUAUAGUCAUAUAGUCUUGCUCUCUCUCUCUCUCUCUCUCCCUAUCUCUCUCUCUCUCUCUCUCUCUUAUGUGCAGCACUGUAAUAUUUUCUCUGCCUCUCACUUAUUUUAGGCGCUAGUUGCUCCAGUGUCUAGAACUUUUCCAGUACGUAAUGUAAAAUCAAAAAAAAAAAAAAAACAAAACAAAGAAAAUGUUUUAUAAUAGUGGAACAUGUGUAAUAUAAAG